CGCUCAUAUCACAUUCUCACUUUUCACACACAACUUUCCUCUCACAUACAAAAAAGAAAGUGAAACCUCCCCAGACUGAAACGAAUCUCAAGCUAGCAGGGUCGCCUCCAUCAGAACGGAAAGAAUAGCCGAGGCAGAGGCAGAGGCAGCGCAAAGCAAAGGAAAGCAGGAGCAGAGCAGCCCCAACCACCAGGCACAAGCAUACCUUUCACCCAAACCCUACCACCACAUUUCCGUUCCUCCUCCCCCGGACCAAGCACAUCCGCCGUCCCUUUCACUCUAGAGCGCGGCUCAGGCCAAGAACCGAGCAAUGCGCAAGGCACUCAUCAACGCCGUCCUCUUCCCGCUCCUUGCUGUGCUCUUGGCCCUGGUCCUCCUCUACUUCGUCCGCCGAUGCCGCCGCCGCCGCCGCCGCCGCCAUCGCAGCGGUGGCGCGGUGCUGCCCUCCCACGGAGGCGCGAGGGCGGACCGGUCCCAGGCGACUGGCUCGAGCGGGUACGUCGCCGGCGGGGAGGAGGCGCUGGUGCGGUUCCCCGGCGGCGAGGGGCUCACGGUGGCCACGAUCCUCGAGGCGCCCGGCGAGGUGGUGGCCAAGUCGGCGCACAGCACGCUGUACCGCGCUGGCCUGAGCUCCGGCGAGGCCGUGGCGCUCCUCCGGUUCGUGCGUCCGGCCUGCGCCGCCGGCGCCGAGGAGGCCACGGCGGCCGCACGGCUGCUGGGCCCCGUGCGGCACCCGAACCUCGUGCCGAUCCGCGCGCUAUACGUCGGCCCGCGAGGGGAGAAGCUGCUCGUGCAUCCCUUCUACGCCGCCGGCUCGCUCCGCCGGUUCUUGCAAGAGGGAAUCAAUGAUUCACGGGGAUGGGAGAUAAUUUGCAAGCUAUCCAUUGGUAUUGUCAAGGGACUGGACCACCUUCACACAGGAUCGCAGAAGCCAAUCAUUCAUGGCAACCUGAAAACAAAUAAUAUUAUGCUUGAUGCUGAUCUCCAGCCCAGGAUAUCAGACUUCGGUCUCUACCUUGUGCUGAAUCCUGCUGCUGCACAAGAGAUGCUUGAGACAUCUGCAGUGCAGGGGUAUAAGGCUCCAGAGCUGAUCAAGAUGAGGGAUGUCACCAGGGAGAGCGAUAUCUACAGCUUGGGGGUAAUCAUGCUCGAGAUGCUUGCUCAAAAGAAGUUGGCAAAUGAUCGCCCGCCGAAUGCCCGUGACAUCCAUUUGCCUGCCUCUUUCAAAGAUCUGGUCCUCGAGAGGAAGAUAUCGGAUGCGUUCAGUUCUGAGCUUAUCAAGCAAAGCAAAAAUUCUGGGAAGGAAGAGGAUCUAAACGCGUACUUCGAAUUGGCAACGGCUUGCUGUAACCCGUCACCAUCAUUGAGACCGGAUACAAAGAAAAUACUCAAAAGGCUUGAAGACAUAGCAAGAUAAAAUGCGCGAUGGGGUUCCAACGUGAUAUUAGAAAGUGUGGUGUUGUUAUAGCAGGAUAGCUGUAGCAUCUCCUGCGUUGUCGGUUGCUUUUUGCACUGAAGCAUACAACAGAAUUUGUAUUGGGGCAUUUGGAGAGUGGUGAUAAUUUAGGAGCAACAAGCAUGUAGCCAUGUAUAGAAGAGUAUACUUUCCACGCAAUUGCAGAGGAACUCAUCCGAACACAUAAUGCGGGUGCUUUGGACGUGGGAAUUUCUAUAAGGUUCUCUUAAUUGCA